GCGCGGUGCCCCCGGAACAUGGCGGCGGCGUGAGGCGGGCGGCGGCAGGAGCUGCUUGACAGGACGCCGCGGACCCGCGUCCCGCCCGCCCGGAAACUGUUGUGCUGAAAGGAAGAAUUAACUGGUCUUUCAACUUCAGCCUUUUUAUUGUGAGAGAGGAGAUCACAGAAGUGUUACCAUGGGGAGAACAGCACCGAAAGAUUCAAAGAAUAUUAAAAAAGAGAAAGAUGGAAAGAAUCAGCAGGCAAACAACCCAUCUUUAAAAAGUGAACAGUUUAAUUGGGAUGAUUAUCUGAAAGAGACUGAAUCAGUAGCUGCCCCUCUGCACUGUUUCAGACAGUCUAGAAUUCCGCCUACGAACGAUUUCAAAGUUGGCAUGAAACUGGAAGCCCACGACCCUCGCAAUGUCACCUCAGUUUGUAUCGCUACCGUCAUUGGGAUCACUGGUGCCAGGCUGCGCUUGCGGCUCGAUGGAAGUGACAACAAAAAUGACUUCUGGAGGCUUGUGGAUUCCUCAGACAUACAGCCCAUCGGGACCUGUGAAAAGAAAGGGGGCAUGCUCCAGCCUCCCCUUGGGUUCCAGAUGAAUGCAUCCUCUUGGCCAAUGUUUCUCUUAAGAACUCUCAAUGGAGCUGAAAUGGCACCUGCAGCAUUCUUUAAGAAGGAACCACCAAAACCUGUGCCAAACUGCUUUAAAGUUGGAAUGAAACUUGAAGCUAUAGAUAGAAAGAACCCAUACCUGAUUUGCCCAGCAACCAUUGGAGAUGUUAAAGGAGAUGAAGUUUUUGUUACGUUUGAUGGUUGGAGAGGAGCAUUUGACUAUUGGUGCAGAUGUGAUUCUCGAGAUAUUUUCCCAGUCGGAUGGUGUAGCUUGACAGGAGAUGCAUUACAACCACCAGGGAACAAUGUUUCCAUUACAAAGAGCAGUGCAAAAAUCCAAUCUUCCCCUUCCAAAGUGACCCGGCGUUCAAUGCAGUCUCCACAGAAAUCUGCUCCAGUACCAGCGCAGCGGGGCAGGAAACCAGGUCGGGGCAAACCCCCUGGACAGUCUGCAGUUCCCAAGAAGGGCAGGUCUCCUAAAAAUAUUCCCCUGACAAAAAGCACCUCUCAUACUGAAAAUCUUAAAACAAGGAAAAAAAGUUUAAAACCUGGAAAAAAGAAAAAAAUCUUGCCAGAACAACUGACUCCUACAUCUCUUUCUCCUCAGUCAUCUCCUGAGGGGGAAAACGGCACUGCACAGAUACUUAAAGAUGGAAUCAGUUUGUCUGGUGCAACUGCAGCAGUUAUAUCCACAGUGUGUGUUUAUGUGAACAAACAUGGAAAUUCUGGGCCUCACCUGGAUAAGAAGAAGGUUCAGCAGCUUCCAGACCAUUUUGGACCAGGUCCUGUAAACGUGGUACUUCAGCAGGCUGUACAGGCUUGUGUGGAUUGUGCCUAUCAAGCCAAAACAGUCUUUGGAUUUCUGAAAUCUGGCCAUCAUGGAGGGGAAAUGAUAACUGCUUCCUUUGAUGGGGAAAAGCAUGCCAUCAAUCUUCCUUCUGUAAACAGUGCAUCGUUUGUCCUGCGCUUCUUGGAGAAGCUCUGCCACAGUCUGCAGUGUGAUAAUCUCUUCAGUAGCCAGCCUUUCAGCCCUUACAUGGGAUGUGCACACAGUCCUAUGGAGUACGAUAGGAGUAAGCCAGCCAAAGAAGAAAUACCUGAAAACAGAAGUGCUAAACGAUACCCUCAGGACUCUCCACCAUACACUGCUCCUCUUUCCCCCAAGCUUCCCAGAAACGAUGCUCAUCCAUCUGAAGCAGAAACAUUGCCUAUAGAGGAAAACAGCACUUCCAAAGAACACCGAUUUUCUGAGGGUUCUAUGGAUUCUGCACUUAAUUCUGUAAAUCCAUCAAAGCCAGCCUGCCGCAGUUCCACGGAGUACCGCGCUUCGGGAAAUGCCGCGUAUUACAGAAAUUCCCAUCAGCCAGCAAGUGCUACCUCAAAUUCAGCCCCAGUCCUGCACAGGCUGUCCCUGAGCUCGCCUGGGAGCAGUGGCUACUAUGAAGUCAGUAGAAAUCGGCUACAGAGGCGGAUUGAAGCUGCAAGUUCUACAACUGGACCGGAUUUGAAUUCACUAAAAAGGGAACCUUCAAGAAUAUUGAAUAAGGAUCCUUCCACUUGGUCAAUAGAGGAAGUAGUGCGUUUUGUGAAAGAAGCUGAUCCACGGGCACUGGCUCCACAUGCAGAACUCUUCAGGAGACAUGAAAUUGAUGGGAAGGCACUACUUUUACUGAGGAGUGAUAUGAUAAUGAAAUAUAUGGGACUGAAGCUGGGGCCUGCCCUAAAGUUGUGCUACCACAUUGAACGACUUAAACAAGGAAAGUUCUAGCCAGUGGGGAUACCACAAACGUGAGUUGGGAUCACACCAAGCUCUCAGGUUCACAGCCAGCGCUUGAUUUGAAAUGCUUCUGCUGAUAGAAACCUUUAUUUUUUGAAAGUGGCCUCGAAUUGUAAAAGAGACAUUCAGGAUAAAGGGGGGAGGGAUUUGUAUUACAUUCUAGUAUUUUUGCAAAAUCUUUCACAGCAAGUUGGCAGGGAAGGACAGUUGAUCAUACUGGGUGUGGGCAGGUCUGGUAACAAUGCUCUCCAAAUCCUGGAAAUUGUGUUCUGUGUUACAGGCUUCAGCCAAUGUGUUCAUAUCCAGAACCAAAACAGCUGAAUCCCAAAGGGAAAUAAGAAAUUAAACCAGCAUCAGGUGUUAAUAAUUUUUACAGGGGCGGCUGUAAACUUUUAUAUUGCAAGAAAAUCUUAAAAUAGAAGAUUUCAUCUCUGUAGUGAAUAUUCUGGUCUUUCAGAAGAGAGGAAGGGUAAUGGAAGAGAGGGCUGAAUACAAAUAUAAGCUUUUAUAAAGUGUGAUUAUCAGUCCUUUGGGAAGUUAUGAGGACAAAUGUAUCAUAUAUUGUCAGUUUAGGCAGGCAGUAAAUAUUUCUGUUUCAUGGAAGGUCAUACUGGCUGUAUAAACAGCCACUUCUGAGACAGACUGAUUUCACUGGAACAAUGCACCCACAUAUUAAACAUUCCAUCUUUUUGCUAA